AUGAUCGCUGCAUUGACAGGGGCAGGCCCAAGAUACAGGAAGGAAAGGCGAUUGGCUGAAGCACGAAGAGCAAAGCACUUUUUAUCAGCUGGCCAUCACAACCCAUCUGCUCAUCACAACACUCGCAUCGAUUACAUGAAUUCUUCUGAAGAUACGACCGUAAAGGGAAAGUCUAUUGCUGGUGCAGGACAACAACAUGGCAUGCAGGGAGAAAAUUCCUUGGACCAUUUUGCACCCAACCAUUCAAAUGAUGCGCAUGAUCAAGUUGAAAGCCAAAACCCGCCUGCAAAAGGUGAUUCUUCACCGUCCUCUCACAUCCCUACUCCGAAUACUGUCAAUGCCUCGCAUCGCAAGUCGCCUGCGCAGCAUGAGCUUGUCUCCGCACAUUUUAAGGUGGAGCCUGAAGAUGUGCCAGCUGAGAAACUGAUAGAGGAUCGCGCUCCCCUGAGAUUCUUUGGACCAGAAAACAAGCCUGUAAACCCUGAAGACAACGCCAACACACUCAUGGAAGGAGACGAUAAUGUAGACACACCACGGGUUUCUACCCCACACUCCUUGUUCUCUGGUUGUGGAGGGCCUUGUCUUGCAUGCUUUUUUCCCAAGCUUGGAGGCAAAGAUCCAUCUGUGGACAGCAGCGCUUUAAAGCCAACGGUCAGCGCAGACUUUUGGGGGAAGGAAAAAGAGAAGGAAGAGAAGGAGAAAGAGAGAGAGGUAGAAAUGGAUACGAAAAAAGGUCAUUCAGUCCAGCAGGACAAGCAAAACGAAUUGAAGCUUGCUGGCGAUGACACUCUUCGUCGGGGGACAUCCGUUCCGUCUAAAGACAGCUGGAAGCCGUCGCUUGAUGUCGACAAAGUAAAAGAAUGGCUGGAGCGGCAUGCUGACGACAGCAUGCGGCCUAUGCAACAAGAUUCAUUGCGAUCUACCGGAAGAAGAUCGCGCAGACUUUCUGCUCUGGGGAAUUCAAGUAACAGAGAAUACAAUGGGAACAGCCCUAGCAAGCAGAUCACUCCAGGACGAUACGUUAUUACUCCAAGAGAUUCAGCUGCUGACGUCAGCGAAAUCAGCAAGGCAAUGAUUCAAUCGUUAGGUUCAGCUCCCUUCGCGAAAGAUUGGCUCAGGGGCCAUGCGAUGUCUGACUGCGAAGACGAAAGGACAGACACGAAUCUUCACUCCGACUUACUUGCAAGAAACAUGGUCGAGAAAUUACGUCGUUCGCAACGGCAUGUGCCAUAUCUCAAAUCUUGGCUGCGGCAUAGAGGGCUUGCCGGCUCAAAGAAUCCUUACGACAAGGAAACGGCAGACCCUAAAAACCCUGAGUUGGCACAAACUGCCAUAGAGCUCAGCAAUCAAGUUCCCGUGUCGCAGAUCAUUUUUAACCUUGCUUCGCUUUUCCGACUUCAACCCAACAGCUCGGACCAGGCGGACAGAAGUGUUGUCAACCAAGAGCCCUGA